CUCAUGUCAUGUUUUUAUUAAAAAAUUGUAGUACCUUCCUUGUCUCUAGAGAUGGAAAGCUUCGUUUUUUCUCUGCUUCCACUGUUGUGGCUAUGGCAGAAACCCUCUGUCAGCCUCAAUUUCAUGAAGAAACCUCCCUAAAUCAACAUACCCAGGUACAGAAACUAUCACACGGUCAGUUUUCGCUCUCUUUAGACUCCAAAUUUUAUAUUUCUUCACUAAUUAGCUGCAAAAACAUCUUUCAAAUUAGACUAGUUCAUGCCCAAGUCGCCGUUAAUGGUGUUCUCCACAACCCCAUUGUUGCAAACAAACUACUUUAUAUAUAUGCUCAACAUAAAGCUAUAACCAAUGCGUAUGCAUUGUUUAAUUGGAUGAGAGUUAGAGACUCGUUCUCUUGGAGUGUAAUGGUUGGUGGAUUUGCUAAAGUUGGUGACUUUAUUAACUGUUUUGGAACUUUUAGGGAGUUUAUUAGAUGUGGCAUGCAAUUAGAUAACUAUACUUUGCCUUCUGUAAUAAGGAGUUGCAGAGAAAGGAAGGAUCUUGUGAUGGGUAGAUUGAUUCAUGACAUUGUUUUGAAAUCUGGGUUGAGUGUAGAUCACUUUGUGUGUGCUGCUCUUGUUGAUAUGUAUGCAAAAUGUGGAGCUAUUGAUGAUGCUAGGGAGCUGUUUGAUAAAAUGUCGAACAGGGACCUCGUGACUUGGACUGUGAUGAUUGGUGCAUGUGGGGAGUGUGGAAACGCUAAUGAAUCGUUGGUUUUGUUUGAUAGGAUGAGAGAGGAGGGUAUUGUGCCGGAUAAGGUAGCUAUGGUGAGUGUUGUUCACGCUUGUGUGAAAUUGGGGGCUAUGAGUAAGGCUAGACUUGUGCAUGAAUUUAUAAAUCGGAAUAAUUUUCCUUUGGAUGUGAUUUUGGGGACAGCGUUGGUUGAUAUGUAUGCCAAGUGUGGUAGUGUUGAUUCUGCAAGGGAAAUCUUUGAUAGGAUGCGACGAAAGAAUGUAAUUACAUGGAGUGCAAUGAUUGCAGCUUAUGGGUAUCAUGGCCAGGGAAGAAAAGCUCUUGAUUUAUUUCCUAUGAUGUUGAGUAGUGGGAUAUUACCGAACAAGAUCACCUUUGUAUCACUGUUAUAUGCUUGUAGUCACACAGGUUUGACUGAAGAGGGCCUUCGGCUUUUUUCUUUGAUGUCAGAUGAUUAUGGUUUUGAGCCAGAUGUGAAACACUAUACUUGUAUGGUUGAUCUCUUGGGGCGUGCUGGAAGACUUAAUGAGGCCUUAAAAUUGAUUGAAAGUAUGAAAGUUGAAAAAGAUGAGGGACUGUGGUGUGCUUUGCUUGGAGCAUGUAGAAUUCAUAAGAAUUUAGACAUGGCGGAAAUGGCUGCAAAAUCCUUACUUGAACUACAACCACGGAAUCCAGGGCAUUAUGUUCUGCUUGCCAAUAUUUAUGCAAAUGCAGGUAGGUGGCAAGAUAUGGCAAAGACAAGGGAUUUGAUGACCAAGAGGAAAUUAAAGAAAAUUCCUGCUUGGACUUGGAUUGAAGUGGAUAAUAAAAUUUAUCAGUUUACUGUCAGUGCUAGGACUCAUCCUCGGUCAGAGGAGAUUUAUGUGAUGUUAAAGACCUUGAGUAAGAAGUUGGAGUUGGCUGGUUAUGUACCUGAUACAAACUUUGUGUUGCAUGAUGUUGCUGAGGAAGACAAGCUUGGAAUUUUGCAUACACAUAGUGAGAAGUUAGCAAUUUCAUUUGGUCUUAUUGCCACACCUGAAGGAACUCCGAUCAGGAUUAUGAAGAAUCUGAGGGUUUGUGGUGACUGUCACACAUUUACUAAGUUUGUAUCAGCUGUAACAGAGAGGGUGAUUAUUGUUCGAGAUGCAAACCGGUUUCACCACUUUGAAGGAGGGGCCUGUUCAUGUGGGGAUUAUUGGUAACCAGCUCAAUUAGCACUGGUGAGCCAUUCUGGUAAUUUGGUUCCAAUGGUUGCCUUCUCCAUUGCCCAAAUGGCAUCGACCAGUGACGGAGACGUCAUGGUUGACUUGGUAUUCUCUCCAGAUUUUACCACUGCUCAUGCCAGUUCAUUUUUACCCAAGUUGCCAUGUGUGUCUUGCUCGGGCUCAAAAAACCUAAUACUCUCAGGAUCAUGAAAGUCAGCGAGGUUGAAUUUCCAGGCUUGAGAGAGCAGACUGUUCUUAUGCCGUGCUGCAACGUACUUCUAGUUCUGUCAGUCCUGUUCACAGCCAUCCCCACCCUGCUGAGCACCUUUUUUUUUUUUUCCCCUUCCAGGAGCCUUUGAAGUUG